CGACUCCAAUCACCGCCGCUGUUCGGGCUGAAUUUCCCUGACUGACGUCAGCUGACUCUCCGCUCCUCCGGACACAGCGCCGCGUAAAAAUGCUGCUCUCGGUGCCGCCAAGGACAGGAAUCAGCCCAUACGGCGGUUACUCCGGCAAAAGCCACAAGAAGCAGACAUAUGUGUCCCCCUCCAACCAUCAGAUGGCUCCUCCAAGUCCCAACAGCAAUGGCAACAGCAACACAACCACCUUCAGCAAUGGCAGCGGCAACAGCAACAGUGGAGCAGAGCAGCUCAGCAAAACCAACCUUUACAUCCGUGGCCUGCUUCCAGGAACCACAGACCAAGAUCUGGUCAAGCUCUGUCAGCCGUAUGGGAAAAUUGUGUCCACCAAAGCCAUCCUGGACAAGACUACCAACAAAUGCAAAGGCUAUGGCUUCGUGGACUUUGACAGUCCAGCCUCAGCACAGAAGGCAGUGACAGCGUUGAAGGCAGUCGGAGUACAGGCUCAAAUGGCCAAGCAACAGGAGCAGGACCCCACCAACUUGUACAUCUCUAACCUCCCGCUCUCCAUGGACGAGUCAGAGCUGGAGAACAUGCUGAAGCCCUUCAGUCAGGCCAUUUCCACUCGCAUCCUCCGCGACUCCAACGGGACCAGCCGAGGGGUGGGCUUCGCCAGGAUGGAGUCAACUGAGAAAUGUGAGGCUAUUAUCCAACAUUUUAAUGGAAAAUAUAUCAAAACUCCUCAUGGAGUUCCAGCGCCGACAGAACCUUUGCUGUGUAAAUUUGCUGACGGAGGCCAGAAGAAGCGUCAGAGUCAAGGCAAAUACCUUCAGAACGGUCGAUCCUGGACAAGAGAUUCUGAGUCUGGAGGAAUGACUCUCACCUAUGAUCCCACCACAGCCCUACAGAACGGGUUCUAUUCGUCUCCUUACAGCCUUGCACCUAAUCGGAUGAUCGGACCGGCCUCCCUCUCCCCAUACAUGCCUUCCCCUGUGUCCACCUAUCAGGUACACAAUCCGUCCUGGCUACAUCACCAGUCGUACAUCAUGCCUCCCACAGGAGCAGUCCUCGCAUCAGGAAUGGAGCACUCCAUGUCCAUCCAGCCAACCUCCAUGAUGGGACCUCUGACACAGCAGCUCAGUCACCUUUCAAUGGGCAGCAGUGGCACGUAUAUGCCUGCGAAUGCGUCUAUGCAGGGUCCUUAUCUACCCCCAUACACUCAAGUGCCUGCCACCAACAUCUCAGUGGAGGAAAGUGCCGUCCAACAGCCUGUUCCUAUCGGUACUCCAACAGAACACACGGCGUACUCCUACCAGCAUAACAAAUAAAGGGAUCUUUUUUCUGGAGCCUGGAGUGACUGUCCAAGGGGCCAAAAGUGCUGAAGUUUUGGCUUUGAGUCUCUCCACAUAAGGCGUCAGAAACUUGGAGGGCAGGCAGACAUGGACUGUUCUACAUAAAGGACAAAAAAAAAAAAAGAGACAUUUUCCAUGAACUCAUACUUCAAACCAAACUGGAGAAUAGUGGGAAAAGAGGACGAACUGAACUGAACUGUCUAUUUUGAUAAGAAGUCCAACACACUACACACUUUAAAGGUUUUACAUCCCUCAUACUGGUUUCCGAUGUUACGCCAGUGACCAAGAAGGAAACCAGGAAAAUAAUAUCAUGUUUUGUUUGACAUUUUGUAAAGUAAGCUGAGAUACCCUUCCCCUUUUUGUCUGAUAUUCUCAGAUGUCUAACUGCCUUUUUGUACAUUGUUUUUCCAGUUUUGGCUUUUCUUUGUUUUUUUUAGUUCUGAUCAGUGCAAAUAUUUGAUUGAAGUACUUUUAAGCUGACAGCUCUUUUAUUCUCUUAGACAGAUGGCAAGUUUAUCAGUCAAAAAGCCUUAUUUAAGCUGGUGUGGCUCAAAUAAUUUAUAGUCUCAACAAAGCUUCAGACAAUCACACAAUAAGAAGAUUUCAAGAUAGGGAAAACCUUGAUGACAGAUUUGUCUCUGGAGACUUCAUGUAAAAGAAUGGCAUAGAUUUAAAGCAUUCCAGAUUAGAGGCAUGCAAAAAAA